AUGGAUAACUUAUACAUGAAAGGUGAACUGUUACAAGUUCAUACAAAGAACAGUGAAAUAUUUGAAGGCCGGUUUUAUGGAAUCACUAACGAUAAAUCUAAAAUAUCUUUAUAUAAUGUCAAAGAAUUACCUAAAGGCAAUUCAAGUGAUGGUGUUUUGCACUAUUAUGACACAGAAAUAAGAGAUGUUGUUAAACUGAAAGAACCUAAUGAUCAAAAGCAUUUAAAAAUAUCUGAAAAAGAAUGUGAAGAAAUCAUAAAGAUCUCUAAGAAGUAUAUUUAUAUUAACCAAGUUGAUAACAGUUUCCAUGAUGCUUUGGAGGAUUUGUACCAGUAUAGUUAUAUUGGAGUCAGUACAGAUGGGGCAACCAUGGGGAGAAAAUGUAAAAUGCCAUUCUUAGUGUUGUCUACACCUCAACAGAUAUUUAUUUUUGACACACAAGUGAUGCAGUAUCAUGCAUUUGAUGCUGGUUUAAAAAAACUGUUGGAAUCUGAAACACCCAAGAAGAUAGUUCAUGACUCGAGGAAGAUAUCAGAUUGUCUAUAUCACAAACACAAUGUUAAGCUGCAGUCUGUAUUUGACACUCAGGUUGGUGACCUGUUAAUCAUGAGAAACAAAAAUGGCUGUUUACCCAACAAAGUUAAGACUUUACCAGAAUGUCUGAAUCUUUACCUGGGUCUGCAAAUGUCAGCAAUUGAUGAAAAACUUGACAUAGUCCAAUGUACUGAACGUCCAUUAGCAACAAAAAUUAAGGACAGCCUUGCUAAAAAUGCAGCUUUCCUUCAUCGAUUAUCAGAAAUGAUCAAUGAUGAAAUAAUGUUGCCAUUUGUGAGAGGAGUGGAAUGCUUUGUAGAAAAUCUUCGUUCAUGUGAUGACUUUAAAGCUUGGGAACUCUGUGGCAAGCAUAAUCAGUUACCAAAGGAUUUCAAGAGUGCAAUUGAGUAUUGA